AUGCUGCGUCUACUUUCUGCCAGUGUGGUGAGCUGCCUGCUGUGUGCAGUCGCGGGGGACGAAACCCAAUCUGGAAACUUGCGGGGAAACCACAGGGAGGAGAGCGAAAGCGGCGAGGUGGACAACCGCGACUACGAACAGUGUGGUGUCCUCGGCGGUCCGCUUAGGCAUGGCCGCCGAGCGCGCAUCGUGCACGGCAAAGACGCAGAUCAGUGUGCCUGGCGGUGGCAAGUGAGCAUCAGAAGUGCUCGGUCAGACGGCGGGGCGACUGCCUUUUGUGGAGGGACCCUGAUUUCACCUGGCUGGGUGCUAACAGCAGCGCAUUGUGUUGGGCAGAUGAACGUCUGCACAAUGCGAAAGCUCAGAAUAGUCGCAGGGGACUGGAAGCAGUACUCCGAUGAUGAAGCAGUCAAGGGUCAAUCAAUCGAGCGUCGCAUCAAGAGAGUUUUCUCCCAUCCGCACUAUGACGACGUUGCUGAUCAAGAUUUUGACAUGGCUGUGGUGGAGCUUGACAAACCCUUUCCAAUCAACGAGUGCAUCGGUGUUGCAUGCCUGCCUGCGAUGGACGACCACACAGACCUGGCUGGAAUGGAAUGCAGCAUCACUGGCUGGGGUACCCUAAUGUCGUCAGGACCCAUGCCUGAAGUGCUGCAGCAGGCACCUGUCACGUUGCUGAGCAAUGCAGAGUGCCAGGCGGAUUAUGCAAGCCACAACGAGACCAUCACUGCUUCGAUGAUGUGUGCUGCUGGAAACUCUGAGAAGGGUAUCACGGACACCUGCCAGGGUGACAGCGGGGGCCCUUUGGUUUGCGAGGCGUCCGGCCGCUAUAUUCUGCAGGGUGUUACGUCUUGGGGUGAUGGCUGCGCUCUGGAACGCUAUCCAGGAGUGUACGCGCGGGUCUCCUCAGCCCUAGGAUGGAUCCACGACGUGAUGGGUGGCAAAGUGGAAGCAUCUGACACAAGCGAUGAAACAUCGCCCACACUUGCUUUCCCUGGGCAUGCUAUGUGGACGGUCCUAAGCGGCUCUUGUCAUGUGGACGAGUCAGACUGCCUUGUCAGCCCUGGAUACCCUGGAAACUACAGCAAUAAGGAGGAAUGCACCGUCGCGGUGAACGCCUCAGCAGCAGUUCCCAUCCACGUGGAUGAAUUUUCCACGGAGGCCGGCUAUGAUAGCCUGCUCGUGAACUGCAAGGCCUACUCGGGUUCUGCGGGUCCUGAAGCAGUGGUCCAUUCGUGCUUCAGCUUCUUAGCAGAAGCGCUGUCGACAUUGGCUAGCAAGCUUUUGGGCUCACCACUGCCGGAGCUAGCUUGGGUGAGGGAGACACUCUCGAAGGAGGUCGGCUUCUUCCAGCCGUCGCCGGCGGCGCUGGUCGAUGCCACGCGUCUGGUCUUGGCGGAGGUGCGACACGGCGACGCGGCGACGCGGCCCGGUGCUUCACCGGGCCUGCGCUUGCCUCGCAGCAUCGCAGCGGCCUCGGCCUCGCAGGCAACGCUGUCGCCGCCAGUGGCGCUGCACUUGGCGACCUUGCACUGCCUGGCGCAUGCGCCGCAGUCUAAGCGCAAAAGGUCGCGUCUCUGGGCGUCGCGUGGUCUUGGCGACCUGGCGAGGCUCUGGCUCGGACUGCGCCGUGCAGCCCUGGAGCGAGGAGCUUCGGAAGGGAAGGAGGCACCGCGAUCUACCGGGACCAUCAAGAUCUUCAGCACCGCACGCCACUGUCAGUCGAUAUUUCUGCCAGAACCAGACAUCCGCGUUCAACUGGAGCAGGUCGAUCUUCGAUCUCCGGUGGACUUGCUGCUAAGCCUGAUCAUCAGGCCGCCGCGAUGCCGGUAUACCCCAUCGAAACUCGGGCCAUCGACCUUCCGAAUCGCGGAUAAGGGACAUGGUCGACGAGAGGAUCUGGUGCUUCAGAACCCGCGUGGUCAUUCGCUGCAGUGCUCGCUGUUCGAGCCAAUCCCUGACCCGGGCCAGCCGGAGGAGAACUGGUCAUCAAGGGACCGGCCCUGUGUCAUAUUUCUGCACGGAAACUCAUCAUGCCGAUUGGAAGCUCUGCCGCUGCUACCGCUGUUGCUGCCACUGCGAAUCAGCCUUUUCUGCUUCGACUUCGCGGGCUGUGGAAUCUCAGAAGGUGACUACGUGUCGCUCGGGUGGUUUGAGCGAGACGACUUGGCCACGUGCAUCGCCCACCUGCGGUCAACUGGCAAAGCUUCGCAGGUGGCGCUUUGGGGGCGAUCGAUGGGGGCAGUCACAGCUUUACUGCACGCUGAUCGCGAUCCAUCAAUUGCAGCCAUGGUGCUGGACAGUCCGUUUGCAUCUCUCCGGGACCUCGCGACGGAGCUGGCUGGCAGGAAGGCGAUGCUACCGUCAUGGGCCGCACGUGCCAUCAUUCCAGGAGCCCGAGCAGCCAUCCGAGCCAGGGCGGGAUUCGACAUCGAGGACUUGGAAGGCAAGAGCCAUGCGAGACAGUGUUUCAUGCCAGCUUUGUUCAUCGCAGCGCGCAGUGAUGACUUCAUCACACCCCAGCAUGCUGAGCAGCUCUGGCACGCGUACCAGGGGGAGAAAGAGUUGUAUAUGACGGAGGGCGACCACCACUCUGCAAGAUCCGUAGUGUGCAGGCAGAAGGCCACACUUUUCUUGUGCCGAGCCCUGCACGUCCCGCGGCUGGACGCCUUGCUGGAGCUCCACGUCGCCGGGCUGCGGGACCUCUUCGGACCCGGGCUCCCCAAGCCCAUGCAAGGCAAGGAUUUGGAACGAGAAGGCUCCGAGAUCUGCUGGCAGAUGCGGUUGGUGCCAGCUCUUGGGCAGAUGUCGCUGAGCAACGGAAUACGAUGCCAGCGGCCUGUGAGAGCUGAAGCUGUGGUGGAGCUCAGCGACAGCAAAGCGGAGGUUGGGUUCUUCAUCCGCUUGGUGCCGGCAGAGGGCGUUCUCGACGAAAGCUGCGCCAAGCUUGAUGAGCUCGGCCAGCCUCGCUUUCUCGUUGUGAGCUUCACAGCUGAGAUGUCUAUGGUUUCCAGAGUGCAUAGUGACACUCUUCGGACCCUGGUGGUGGGGCCAGGCCUCCGUGACGAGCAGGUGGUCGGCAUCGGCCUCACCUUCGAUGUUGCAGGUAACCUAAGUCUCUAUGCGGAUUCGCGGCAGCUGCUCACUCUCGACAUUGGCUGGGGCUUCCGGGCAGAGCUGACGAUAUGGUCCAUGCGGCUGAGGGGAAAGAGUGGCUUCGGAAGCCUGCAGAUAGAGGAUGCAGAAGCGACGCUUUGUGAACACCUCGGCGAUGCAGUCCUACGCUCCCGACAUCUGGGUCACGCAGAAGGCGUUCUGCUGCUGAGCCAGAGGUCACUCUGCAGACCCUUGGGAGAUUUGGGCCUCUGUGGCUGCGCCAGUCAAGCCGGCAAGGGUCCGUACUGUCCGUCUUCCCCUCAUUCCCCACCAGAUCUGGAUGCAAGGGAGCGCGCUGAUGCAACUCGUCUCUGCGGCAAGUCUCCUGAGGUGCUGAUCGGCUGGCGAGUCAAGGUUCAGGGCCUCGGAGAGGGUAUCGUCACCGCAAUCCGAAAGAGGCACUUCCGUCCGACUCUCUUCCAGAUUUCAGGUCUGCUGUCAGACCAGCUUGAUGGCUCUUCGCCCCAUGCGAAGCUGCGCGAAGUUCCACUGCGAAGGCAGGCGCCCUUGCUUCCCUGCUGCGCGGGGUACCACUUUGAGCUCAUGCGAAAGGAGAUCUUUUUUGAGAAAGCCGUUUGCGUUUGA